CUCAGUGUGAGUUAUUGAUGGUGCAUCAAUUUUAUUGACUGGAAGUUUUAAAACAUGGAACCCGUUUUGCGUCCGGACCGGUUGGAUUUGGACCCUCAAGACCCUGACGCAGCUCUCGCUUUUGAACACUGGCUUGCAUGCUUCCAAUCGUACUUGGCGGAGCUUCGUGCGACUGAACCCGCCGUUAUGCACAGAAUCCUACUCUCGAGGGUCUCCUCCAAAGUUUACUCCUUUAUCCGGGACCUGCCGACCUACGAAGUGGCACUGGACGCCCUCAAACAACAGUACCUGCGGCCGGUGAACACCGUCUACGCAAGACAUCGCUUAGCUACCCGGCAACAGCGGCCUGGCGAAUCGUGCGCUGAGUUUCUCCGAGCACUACAGACACUCGUCCGAGCUUGUGACUGCAAGACGCUCACGGCAGAACAGCAUGCGGAGCUGCUGGUGCGAGACGCCUUUGUGACGGGACUGAGGUCAGUGUACAUGCGCCAGCGGCUGCUGGAGAACUCGGAUCUUACCUUAAGCUCGGCGAUAGAGAAGGCCAACGCUCUAGAAGCUGCGCGGCAUAACGCCGACGCUGUCCAGUCGCGCGAUUCCCCGCCGGUUUCGUGGACGCCUCAGACCCCGCCACCGCCGGCUCCCGGGAGCGAAUUCGCCAACGCCGCCGCCAGUCGCCAUUCCACGAGCUCCCCGACCCAGACCACGGCUGUGGCCCGUAAGCAACUCGUGCUUUGUUAUUUCUGUGGCCAAAAGAAACAUCCUCGACGACGCUGUCCAGCGCGAGAAGCGACCUGCUCCAGCUGCGGAAAGCGGGGCCACUUCGCCAAGGUCUGUAAGUCUCAACCUCGAGCGGAGUGCAGCGCUGCGGGUGAAACGUGGGGGCCGCCAUCUUGCAUGCCGGGAUGUGGGCGGCCAUCUUUGUCGACGUCAGCACGCCCCGCCCCCGAUCCUCGGAUGCUGACCGGGUACCCCGGAUGUGAGCUGCCAUCUUUGUCGGCGUCAGCAUGCCCCGCCCCCGACCCUCCGAUGCUGACCGGGUACCCCGACGGCGAUCCAACUCUGGCCACUGUGACUCUCGACCAAAGCGCCCCACACCAGCUUGCAAGAUCCAUGAUGGACAUCCAGGUGGAGGGGCAUUGGACUGGAUGCCUGUUUGACACGGGCAGCACUGGGAGUUUUAUUCACCCGGACACAGUGCAACGCUGCGGACUUGCAACGCGGCCGGUCAGUCGGAGGUUCCAUUUGGCCUCUGGGUCGCAGUCCGCAGACAUCCGGGCGGGUUGUGUAGCGACUUUGGUGGUGCAAGGCACAGUAUAUCGGGACUUUGAACUGCUGGUCAUGCCUAAUCUGUGUGCACCUGUGCUAUUGGGGCUGGACUUCCAGAGCCAUCUCGAAAGUGUGACCAUGGUAUACGACGGGCCCCUCCCACCACUCACUGUCAAGAAUCCUCAGUUUUGUGGGACUUCUUCACACCUAUUCUCUUUUCCCAGGAAGUCUGUCACUGGGACCACCCUACCAGUUUGGCUGACGUCCCCGGGGCCAGUGCUGCUCCGGAAACAUGUGAGGAGCAAUAAAUACUCCCCGCUGGUGGAGAGGGUUCACCUUCUCCAUGCGAACCCCCAGUAUGCUUACGUGGUCUUACCUGAUGGGCGGGAGGACACGGUCUCCAUCCGCGACCUGGCACCCGCAGGUGCAGCAGACCACUACCCUGAAGGCUCUCCGGUAACUGUGAACCCUGCACCAGAGGUGACACCGUACUCACCAGGCCCUACACAGACUCCUCCCGACACUUGUAUACCGGGCGUUUCGUACACAUUUAUACCAGGCGCCUCGCACAUGCAUGAGGGAUCACCGGCGCCUAGUGGGCAAGAACACGCGCAACCCCCGUCCCCUGUGCAAUCGCCAAUGUUGCCGGCACCUAUGCGGUCACAGCCGGUGCUACGUAGAUCGCAGCGACAGAUUCGACCGCCUGAUCGGCUUGACUUGUAAGAACCUUCGCUACAUGAGGACUUUUUCAAACGAAGGGGGGGUGAAUGUGGUGAACUAUGUGCCUGUCGGGACACGCCCCUGCUGACUGCUCCUGUGGCUCCUCCCACAGGCCCCUGUAUAAAGGAGACCUGCGGCCUGAAGAUCGGCCUCAGUCUCCAGGACCUUGUAUGAUAGACACUCACUCCUGGUUCCUUCUUCCAGUCAAUAAAAGCCGAUAUCUCGCCUAC